UUUGUAGUGAAUUAAAACAGCGGGAUGUCCCAGAAAAAAUGAGCAGGAGAGUGAGUGUAUGGCAACUGUAGCGGUGCGUGGACUUUGAUACAGUCGGUGCAAUAGACUCUGGUGAGUUGUUUUCACUGAAGGCUGUAACCCUUGUUCCUUCAAACUCAAACUCUUCAAAACUACUCAGAGGCCGAAUCUUCAUGCUCGAUCUCCACAAGAUUUGGGUUUGUUGGUCUGUUUUCAAAUUGUCACGGGCUUUUGUAUCCGAAAGGCAGCAUUGUAUGACUGGUCUGAUCGGUUUUGGGCAUCACGGGAUUCUCAUUAAACCAAACCCUCGGGUUUGUUGGUAAGAGAAUGGAGGGAAAUGAAAGAGACCUUGAUCUUGUUAUGUUUGAUUGAUAAGAAAGUGGAGUAUUAUUAAGGAAUAGUUUUAUAUGAUGUUUUCGAGUUGAGUAUGAGGUUGAUCCAAGGGUUUUAGUUUCUUUUUAUCUGUUCUUGGUUUUUGAGAGGAAACAAAUUGAAGACUAGGAUUUUGUUGUUUACUGUACAAGGAUGGAUGGUUCAGGUUUGGGAGGUGGAUUUUUGUCUGGUCCAAGUGGGGGGACGCUAGACCUUGAAUCGGGGAUCCCUAGACACCAGGAGAAGCAGUUGGGUCUUCCGGGGUUGGCACAUCAUCAACAUCAUGGGAUUGUGAUGAGUGGUGUUGGGGUUGGGGUUGAUCACCGUCCUGUAGGGCUUGCAGAGGUGAAAGGGUCGAUACCAAGAGGUGCUUCGAUGAAUGUUGUAAAAGGAAAGGCCGUUGCACCUUUUAAUACCAAUAAUGCUUACAAUUUGAGUGAAGAAGAUGAGCCAAGUUAUACAGAAGAUGGGAAUGGUGAGAACGUUGAAGGAGCCAAGGGUAAAAAGGGAUCCACAUGGCAGCGAAUGAAAUGGACGGAUAGAGUGGUUAGGCUUCUUAUAUCGGUGGUUGCUUGUGUGGAUGAUGAUGGUACAGUUGAAGGUGGUGGUGAAGGCCUUAAGAGGAAAUCUGCAGUUUUACAGAAAAAGGGUAAAUGGAAGACUGUGUCAAAGAUAAUGAUUGGUAAAGGUUGCCAUGUAUCACCUCAGCAGUGCGAGGACAAGUUUAAUGAUUUGAACAAGAGGUAUAAGAGGUUGAAUGAUAUUCUUGGGAGGGGAACUAGUUGUAGAGUGGUGGAGAAUCCUGCUCUUAUGGACUCAAUGCCCCAUCUCUCCGCCAAGGCGAAAGAUGACGUUAGAAAGAUUUUGAGUUCAAAACAGUUGUUUUAUAAAGAAAUGUGUGCUUAUCAUAAUGGACAGUGGAUACCUGGUUGUCAUGAUCUUGACCUCAAAGGUCAUCCUUUACCUCCCGGGAGAUGCUCAACAGACAAUAAUGUUUCUGAGGAAGAAGGGGCUGAAGAACACCAUGACACUGAGGAUGAUGAGUUAGAUGACGAAGAUAAUAAUGCUGAUGGUAUUGAUAGAGAUCGGAUGGGUAGAAUGGGUGACAGGACGAGAUCUAGUGAAGAAGAUGACCAUUUCUGGCAACAGGUUUCUCUGGAUAGUUUUGAAGUUGAAAUGGCUGAGGUUCUUCAAGACCCAACAAAGUCUCUAUGGGAGCGAAGAGAGUGGAUCAAGAAACAGAAGUUGCAACUCCAACAGCAAAGAGUCAGCUGCGAGGCUGAAGCUUUGGAGCUUGAGAAGCAGAGGUAUAAAUGGCUAAGAUACCGUAGCAAGAAAGACAGGGAACUGGAAAGGUUGAGGCUGGAGAAUGAGAGAAUGAGAUUAGAGAAUGACAAAAGGGUACUGCAACUGAGGCAGAAGGAAGUGGAAAUAGAUUUGAGGCUGUCAGAAGCUUCUUUAGAACCUUCUGUUGGUAUUGACAGAUUGCUAGGAAGAGAUCUUGACUUGGGGAGGCAUCAAUAGCCUCUGCAUUCAAUCACUGCCCAAUACUGGGCAUGCUUGACAUUCUGCAACUCUGCAAGAAAUCUUCAAGCAUAAAGCAACUCUGCAAUAUUGUGAGACUUACAUCUCAUGUGCUUUUUAUUUUAAAUUAUGAUCAAACAUCUAUCUCUCCAGAUUAGUUUUAGGAAUAUUGAUAUCUACAAUGUUGGAUGCCUCUCCUGUAUAGAUUCAAAGUUGUGUUGUAUUUUUGCACUUGCAUCUUGUGGUCUUAGGCUUGUAGUUGGUGUUUAUAUUGAUAGAUAUGGUUUAGUCUUCAAACGCUUAUUGUGGUUAAUCAUGUUACUUUCUGAAACAAGUUCUUUGGUUCCCUUCA